CCAAAACCCUCAUCAAGGAGACAGUCCAUGAGUUGUUUUCAGUUGAGAAAAUUGUAACGGAUACAAUGAAUGUCGACAUGGAUACUUCUCCUAGUUAUUUUGAUUCUCAAGAAUUGAGUCUCAGAGAGCGUUACCGGCGGUACGGGAAACGGCUUUCGCCUUCACCGCAUCAAGAAAGUUAUCAAUCUAAGUUCAGUAAUGCUGCUCUAUUUCUUGAAAAUAUCAAAAAAGAAGUCGACCACUCUGAUGGUGAUCAUUCAGAAGGGACGCACGCAAGAACUCACUCGUCUUUCAAAAGGCGAUCACCGUCAAUAGAUGGUCGUGGAAUAUCUGAGAUGGGUGUUGCUAAUGAUUCAGUUGGCCGACCAAGAACUCAUUCGUUAAAAGUUUGCAAGCACGAGGAAGAUGCAUCAUCGGAUGGUGGAGAUGCAACAUUUUCUUUAUUUGCCUCUCUUUUUGAUUCAGCUCUUCAAGGAUUGAUGUCGAUCCCUGAUUUGAUAUUAAGACUUGAAGGAGCGUGCCGCAAUGUUUCAGAGUUCAUUAAUAACAGUUGUAGUGAGAGACACAGAAUUGUUGAGGAGAAACUGAUGAGGCAAAAGGCUAAGAUGCUACUUGAUGAGGCUGCGUCUUGGUCUCUUUUGUGGUAUCUAUAUGGGAAAGGUAAUGAAGAGCUUCCUGAAGAUUCAAUCAUGUUGCCAACAACUUCACAUCUGGAGGCUUGCCAGUUUGUUGCUGCAGAUCAUAUAGCUCAGUUAUGCCUUAGACUUACCCAGUGGCUUGAAGGAUUAGCCUCAAAGGCCCUUGAUUUGGAGAACAAGGUGCGAGGCUCUCAUGUUGGCACAUAUCUCCCUACCUCAGGGGUUUGGAAUCAUACACAAAGGUUUCUACAGAAAGGCUCCUCAAAUGAGAAGAUUGUUCAGUGCUUGGAUUUUGAUGCUCCAACGCGUGAACAUGCUCAACCGCUACCUGAUGACAAAAAACAAGCUGAAUCUCUUUUGGAAGAUGUCUGGAUCUUAUUAAGGGCCGGAAGAUUGGAAGAGGCUUGCAAUCUUUGUCGGUCUGCAGGACAGUCAUGGAGGGCAGCAACCUUGCGCCCUUUUGGAGGGUUGGAUCAUUCUCCUUCCAUCGAAGCCCUCAUAAGAAAUGGGAAAAACAGAUCUCUGCAAGCCAUGGAAUUGGAAAGUGGCAUCAAUCAUCAGCGACGCCUCUGGAAAUGGGCUUCAUACUGUGCAUCAGAGAAAAUUGCAGAGCAAGAGAGUGGGAAGUAUGAAACAGCAGUAUAUGCAGCCAAUUGCAGUAAUGUGAACCGCAUUCUACCUAUCUGUACCGACUGGGAGUCUGCUUGCUGGGCUUUGACCAAGUCAUGGCUUGAUGUUCAAGUCGAUGUGGAAUUAUCCCACUCACAAUCUGGUGGAAUCGAUCAGUAUAGAAGUUCUGAUGGUGGUACUGAAAGAAGCCCUGGACAGGGAGAACUAAAUUCUCAACCAUUUCUUGGACCAGAAAAUUGGCCACUUCAAGUUGUCAAGCAACAACCACGUGAUCUUUCUGCCCUUCUUCAAAAGCUUCAUUCAAGUGAGUCUGUACAUGAAGCUGUAAGUCGGGGAUGCAAGGAGCAGCACCGUCAGAUUGAGAUGAGUCUAAUGUUGGGAGAUAUUCCUCGUCUACUUGACCUUAUUUGGUCAUGGAUAUCCCCUUCGGGAGGCGAUGAAGAUAUCUUCAGGCCUCAUGGUGAUCCUCAGAUGAUCCGUUUUGGGGCACAUUUAGUUCUCGUCCUCCGUCACUUGCUUGCCGAUGAAAUGAAGGAUGCUUUCAAGGAGAAGACGACAGCUCUUGGUGACCUCAUUCUUCACAUGUACGCGAUGUAUCUUUUUUCAAAACAGCACGAGGAGUUGGUUGGAAUCUAUGCAUCUCAGCUUGCACGCCACCGUUGCAUUGAUCUGUUUGUGCAUAUGAUGGAGUUACGGCUGAAUGGCAGUGUUCAUGUCAGAUAUAAAAUCUUUCUUUCUGCUAUAGAGUACCUGCCAUUUUCUCCCGGAGAUUCAAAUGGCAGUUUUGAAAAAGGAAGUUUUGAAGAAAUUAUUGAGAGGGUUUUAUCAAGAUCACGAGAAGUGAAAGUUGGAAAUUUUGAUGGGUCAUCUGAUGUUGCCGAGCAAUGUCGGUUGCAGAGUCUUCAAAAAGCUAUGGUCAUUCAAUGGCUUUGCUUUACACCUCCCUCCACCAUUAAUGAUGCCAUGAGAGUUGGCACUAAACUUCUUCUCCGGGCUUUGAUGCACAGCAAUGUACUUUUCAGGGAGUUUGCUCUAAUUUCCAUGUGGAGGGUUCCAGCAAUGCCCAUUGGCGCUCAUACAUUGCUUAGUUUACUUGCUGAGCCUUUGAAACAUCCGUCAGAAACUCUGUUUUCUCCAGAGGACCACGAGAUUUCUGAUAGUUUGAGAGAGUUCGAGGAUUGGAACGAGUAUUACUCCUGUGAUGCAACUUACCGCAACUGGCUUCAAGUUGAGUUAGAAAAUGCUGAAAUCGACCCCCCUGACGUUUCAAAUGAAGAAAAACAGAGAGCAACGGUGGUAGCUAUGGAAACAUUAUCCUCAUCAAUGACAUUGCUACUAAGAAAAGAAAAUCCGUGGUUGGUUCCUACCGAGGAUCAUAUCUAUGAACUAAUGGAACCUACAAACCUUGAAUUGCAUGCCACUGCGAUGCUCUGCCUACCUUCUGGUGAAUGUAUGUCUCCUGAUGCCACCUUGUGCACAGCACUGACAAGUGCCUUCUAUUCUUCAGUAAGCGAGGAAGUUGUAUCAGAUCGUCAGUUGCUGGUUAAUGUAUCUAUAUCUACAAAGGACAGUUGCUCCAUUGAGGUUUCACUACGGUGCUUGGCAACAGAGAACGACGGAUUUGGCCCAAAUAAGCUUGCUGAUGGUGGUGUUCUUGCUGCAGUUAUUGCAGCUGGGAUUAAAGGUGAGCUGGCUGGAUUUCAAGCUGGUGUAACGAUGGAAAUCUUGAGACUAGAUGCUUGGUAUUGUGACAAUGAUGGUUCUUUGGGAAGCCCGGCAACAUAUAUCGUAAGGGGUCUAUGUCGCAGGUGCUGUAUUCCAGAAGUGAUUCUUCGAUGCAUGCAGGUUUCUGUUUCUCUUAUGGAGUCGGGUAAUGCACAUGAUGUCCAAGAUGAGUUGAUUGAAUUAGUUGCGGGAUCUGAAACCGGGGUUCUUCAUUUGUUUAGUCAAAACCAAUUGCAGGAAUUCUUAUUAUUUGAGAGGGAAUACCGAAUAUGGAAGAUGGACGAAUCGGCUGCUUGAAUUUUCUGCAUUUUACUUGUUAUGAGGUUUUGUGAAUUUUGAAAAUAUUGAGGAUAAGGUAGCAUUUUGUUGUAGUUAAUGUUGUUUUGGUUAUUUGACAAUUCCGAUAUUAAUGAUUAAACAUGGUUGUGGAAUAUAUACACGUUUGGUC